AUGACAUCGAGUGCAGAGGAGGUAGACGAUACGUUCCCCACGCUGGCCAAGGUCUGGGCGAGGCUAGGGGACGAGGACCAGUUCUUUUCUGCUUCGGUCGACCGCUACCCUGUGGCCACGCUUGAGCCACUUCUGCGCGCAGCGACUGCGGCCAUGGUGGCCAGCAACGAGUACGAGGGAGAAUCGUACGCUUGGGGUAGCGCCCGCCUUCGCACUGGUGAGACACCCUCGGGCAAGACGGUGAUGGCCUAUUUCACCGGCAGCGAAUUCCUACACAGGAGACACCUGCCCGGGGACCUGGACCUCCCCAAGAGCAUCGACCCUACGUUCUUCGAUGAACUCGCGCGCUCGGUCGGCGCCAUGCCCCCGGACGUCCGUGACAGUGAGGCGGCUGAUGAUAACAACGAAGCAGAAGCUGAAGCUGAAGCCACCAGCCAGAGCCAGCUGACGGCGGAGGCCGAGAGGCGCGUGCGCAUGGCCAUGGUUCUGGCCGUGUGCGUUCUGGGACCGGCCACGCGCUACGACGGUCUGCACCAGCCCGCCCCGGAAGACUUCUUUGACGGACACAAGCCGAUCGCGUGGUUCCACCACGACCCGGCCGAGGAGGUCUUUGCGUGCUGCCUCCACAACUGGUUGGACGAACAGACCUUCGGCUUCUCUUGA